AUGGACACAACAGAUCGGCUAACCAUCGUUCCGGCCAAUGACUGGGCCCAGUUAAGAUACCUUUACCUCAUGAACUGGCCGGAGCACCACGUUGCGUAUACCACGAUCGACAACUAUGUGCGAUGGUAUGCAAAGGACCCUGCUAUUAAGAAUCUCACCAUUUACUGUCUGAACGGAAACUGGCGAGAGGAUGGUACCUACCUGGUGGUGGAUCGCUAUCAGCUGUUCGUAUACUCACUGGAUCCUACAAAUGGUAUUCUAGCGAGGGCACUCCCUUUGUUGGACUGGAGUGGUGGAUUGAAAGUGAGCUCACUUUUGGCGCGUCAUCGACACCCAGUCAUUGAUGUGAUCACCGCCAAGGGUUUAGCUAUGGAGUACGACAGUGAGACGUAUCUGUACUUUAUGUCCAAAGAACAAUGCAAUGCCUUGCCGCUGCAUGUACCGGAUGGGUUCAUCUUGAAGGAUUUAAGCGGCGAUGACGCUGCGAUAGCGAAUGAGCACUGGCCAAACCGGCACACCGGUUCGCUGUUCUUUCUGCAACGGCUUGCGGCUUGGAAUCCGUGCGUGGGGCUAUAUGAGCAAUCUACGGGGAAGAUGGUGGCCUGGUGUUUUCGCUUGCAGGCUGGUGCACUUGGAACGUUGCAGGUUGAUCCAGAUUACCUGAGGCGAGGAUUUGGAACCGUUGUGACGGUAGCGAUAGCGAAAAAAGUUGCAGCCCUAGGCCAUGAUUGUUAUGCACUGGUUUAUAGAACGAAUAUUCCGUCGAGACGUAUGUUCGAAGGACUUGGGUUUGAGCACACGGAUAAAGCAUAUUGGCUAAGGACAGUAGCUACUGUAGCAAACGAAUGGGAGGACUGAUAACGGUUUUAUUUUACCCCAAUCAUCUCGAAUUUCUACUAUGUUAAAACUAAAACCUGAGCCUUGUGAUGCCCAAGGUCGCCACAUGGAUGGACAUAAAUGGAAUAAAAAUAAAUAUUGUUGUCUACAGUAUUAAGAGUUUCUCUGUUUAAAAGCGGUUUACAUCACUAACACCUCUUAUUACAUUAUCAGUGUCUGUAGACGCAAACAUUGUAUUUGGUUAUCUUUGGUUGCAGUUUAUUUUCUGAUCUCGGCUUGUUGCUGAUAAAGCAUGGCUGGCGACGAUCGUUUUGUGAAAAUAAGUGACGAGCACUGAGUGGAACUGAGAGAUAUUUUCAGAUGUAAUUGGCCGAAACACGAGUUCGCAUAUUAUU